AUGGAUAUUCAGACCCGCCUCGUCCACGCUGGCGAGGAGCGCAUCGACGGUGCCGUGGUGCUGCCGAUCUUCCAGAGCUCGACUUUUGUCUCGCAAGACGAGCAGGACUACGACGCCAUCCGCUAUCUCCGCCUCAACAACACGCCCAAUCACCGCGCCUUGCACGCCAAACUGGCCUCUGUCUGCGGCGGCGAGGACGCCUUAGUCGCCGGCUCGGGAAUGGCGGCGAUCACCACUGCGCUGCUGACCGUACUCAACAGCGGCGAUCACCUGCUGAUCCAAGACUGCCUCUACGGGGGGACGCAUGGCUUUGUGACGCAGGAUGGGCCGGGUUUCGGGCUGAGCUACGACUUUAUCGCUGGCAACGCGCCUGAGACGUGGGCGGCCAAACUGCGGCCCGAGACGCGGGCGAUCUACGUCGAGACCAUGACCAACCCGCUAUUAGAGGUUGCCGAUUUAGAGGCAGUAGUGGCGUUUGCUCGCGAGCACGGCAUAGUCUCGCUGAUCGACAAUACCUUUGCCUCGCCGUGCAACUUCCGCCCGCUGGAAAUCGGGUUUGACAUAGAGCUGCACACCGCGCGACCAAGUACCUCAACGGCCAUUCGGAUAUCGUCGCGGGCGGGGUCGUCGGCUCGGCUGCACACGUCACAGCCAUUAGACACAAGCUGA